AUGUGGCUAGAGCUGAUCAUUCUUUUAAAGUUUGUGCUGUUAAGUCUCCUGCAUGCAGAGGAUGACUGUGACAGUGGAUCCUAUCAUCCAGCCGUUGGAGAUCUUCUGGUGGGUCGCAGUGAACAACUAACAGCUUCAUCAGUUUGUGGACUGACUGGCCCUCAGAAAUACUGCAUUAUAGGCUACCUUGAGGCUGAAGAGAAAUGCUUCCUUUGUGAUUCCAGAUACCCAUAUAAUCCCUAUACCCAUCCCAACAGUCACCCAACUGAAAAUGUUAUCACAACUUUUGAAAAAGACCGGAAAAAGAAGUGGUGGCAGUCAGAAAAUGGCAUUGACCAUAUUAGCAUUAGACUGGUCCUAGAAACCUUAUUCAAAUUCAGCCAUCUUAUAUUGACUUUUAAGACAUUUCGGCCUGCGGCAAUGUUCGGCCUGCGGAUGUGCUCCACAGACUAUGGUCACAUCUGGAAGAUAUUUAGAUAUUUUGCACAAAACUGUGCUGAAUCUUUCCCCAACAUCCCUUCUGGUCCAGCAAAAGGAGUGGGAGAUAUUGUUUGUGAUCCAAGAUAUUCAGAUAUUGAGCUAUCCACUGAAGGCCAGGUUGUCUUAAAAGCUUUGGAUCCCAGCUUUGAAAUAGAAAAUCCUUAUAUCCGAUCUAUCCAGGAGCUCACCACCUUAACAAACUUGAGAAUAAAUUUCACGAAACUCCACACUCUUGGGGAUACACUAUUUGGAAGAAGGCAAAGUGAUCUCUUUGAAAAAUAUUAUUAUGCAGUUUAUGAAAUGGUUGUCCAUGGAAGUUGUUUUUGUAAUGGUCAUGCCAGCCAAUGCAGUCCAGUGCAGAAACUGCGGGGUGAUGUUUUCUAUCAGCCUGGAAUGGUUCAUGGCAGAUGUGUCUGUCAACACAACACUGCUGCCAUGUCCUGUGAAAGGUGCAAAGACUUCUACAAUGAUGCUUCCUGGAGGCCAGCUGAAGGAUCGCAGGAUAAUGCUUGCAAAGUGUGUAAAUGCAAUGGCCAUUCAGACCGAUGCCAUUUUAACAUGGCCGUGUACGUAGCUAAUGAUCACAUCAGUGGUGGCAUAUGUGAAGACUGUCAGCACCAUACCAUGGGGCAGCACUGUGAUCAGUGCAAGCCUUUCUUUUACCGGGAUCCUCUCAGAGCAAUUUCAGACCCUUACGCCUGCAUCCCCUGUGAUUGUGACCCAGAAGGUACAUUAUACAGUGGGUUGUGUGAAAGCCGUACAGACCCUAUUCUUGGAACUAUUGCUGGUCGGUGCCUUUGCAAGGAAAACAUUGAGGGAGUCCGUUGUGACAUGUGCAGGCCGAGCUACUAUGGACUGAGUGGCAGUGAUCCUCUUGGCUGCCAACCCUGCACCUGCAACCCUUCUGGGAGCUUGUCUUUCUCGAUGUGUGAUCCAGUGACUGGAGAGUGCCUCUGCCAGCGUUUUGUCACAGGGCCACAUUGUGAUGAAUGCCUUGUAGGAUACUGGGGGCUUGGGAAUAAUUUAGAUGGCUGUUCUCCGUGUGGCUGUGACAUUGGUGGAGCCCACAAUAACUUGUGUUCAUCAAGUGGUGGGCAGUGUGAAUGUCUUCCUAACAUUGUGGGCCGUCGGUGUACAGAACCUGCCCCAGGCUACUUCUUUUUACCAUUGGAUUAUUAUAUCUAUGAAGCAGAGCAUACAAAGCCACUUUCCAGAUCUGCACCUUUAGUUAAACCAAAAGCUUUACCACAGUGUGAUAUCUAUUAUCAGCAGCAAGGAUAUGAUUUCACCAUUGAAAAUGGAAAUAUUGUAUUAAACAAGAGCAAGAAACAAAGCAUAAGAAAACAGGGGAUGGAACAGGGUGGGGUUCAGUCUGAGAGGAACUCUACUCUGGAUAUUGUUUUCAGGGAGCCCACCCCUGGCAAACCUGUCACAUGGACAGGUCCUGGCUUUGCCCGUGUCCUGAAUGGCGCUGGGUUAAGAUUUACUAUCAGCAACAUUCCCUUUGCAAUGGACUUUGAUAUCGCUCUUCGUUAUGAACCUGAGUCUUUAGAAGACUGGAUAGGAAGUAUUGCGGUCAACCCCUCUGGAGCUUUGACAAGUGAUCGCUGCAGAAACAAGGCACUUCUGCAAGAGCCACACGCAUUGGCUCUGCCAGCCACAAAGAGAAUUGCACUUCUGCAUACUCCUGUCUGCUUAGACCCAGGAGUAGAGUAUUUUGUAGAUGUUUAUUUAUCACAGCCUUCUGCCUCUGAUCCAAAGACUAUAUCAUACAUCUUGAUUGAUUCACUUGGACUUAUUCCCAGAAUCAGUUCAGUGAAGAACCUGUGCAGUCAAAAAGAUCUAGAUGAGUACCAGUAAUAUCACUGCGUUGAAAUUGCUUCAGAAGUUGGACCUCAUAUUCUACCUGAAGUGUGUGCAAGGCUCAUAGUGAGCAUGUCAGCUCGGAUUCACAAUGGAGCAGUUCCAUGCAAGUGCCAUCCAGAAGGGUCCCUGAGCUCCAGCUGUAGUCAACUUGGAGGCCAGUGUCAAUGUAAACCUAAUGUUGCAGGCCGCUGUUGUGACAGAUGUUCUGCAGAAAGUUUUGGUUUUGGUUUCCAUGGAUGUUACUCAUGUGAGUGCCAUCCUCAAGGCUCAGUGAGCACUUUGUGUGAUCAGCUGACAGGACAGUGUUCAUGCCGCCGAGAGGUUGAUGGUCGAUGCUGCAAUCAGUGCCUGCCUGGGUAUUUUGGGUUUCCCACCUGUCGCCCGUGUCCAUGUAAUGGCUACGCAGAGCUUUGUGACCCUGUGACUGGUGCAUGCCUUAGCUGCAGCAGGUUUACAACUGGAAGUAGGUGUGAAAGGUGUGUCGAUGGUUAUUAUGGAAAUCCUCUCACAAGAGACCCUUGUCGCCCAUGUAUGUGUCCAGAGUCACCUGCAAGCAGUAGAUAUUUUGCAGAUUCCUGUUACCAAGAUCCUCACACUUUGCAAUUAGUCUGCAAUUGUCUUGAGGGCUACUCAGGCAAUCAGUGUGAUGAGUGCCCCAGUGGGUUCUUUGGGAAUCCAGGAAGACCAGGGGCUCAGUGUUUGCCAUGUUCCUGCAAUAAUAAUAUUGAUGUGGCAGAUCCAGAAUCCUGUAACAAGGUUACAGGAGAAUGCUUAAAAUGUUUAUACAACACGCAUGGACCAAACUGCCAGUUCUGCAAACCAGGUUACUUUGGGUCAGCGCUUCUUCAGAACUGCAGAAGGUGUACUUGCAGUUUUUCAGGUGUGAACCCAGCAAUAUGUCCACCUGGAAAUGGAGUUUGCCGGUGCGACCAAAUGACUGGAAUAUGCCCCUGCUUACCUAAUGUAAUAGGUUCUACCUGUGACCAGUGUGCUUCUGGCUACUGGAACAUGUCUCAUGGAAUAGGAUGUCAGUUCUGUGACUGUAACCCAAGAAACUCUCAAAGUAACCAGUGCAAUCAGUUCACAGGCCAAUGUUCAUGCAAACUAGGCUACAAUGGAAGACGUGAUGAAUAUGAGGAAAAUUACUUUGGUGAUCCACGAAUCCAUUGUACUUCAUGUACAUGUAACGAGGAAGGAAUUCGCAAACCCGAGUGUGACAAAGACACUGGAGCUUGCAACUGCCGCAUUGGUGUCACCAGAAAGCUCUGUGAUAGGUGUGGUCGAGGCUUCAAACAAGAAUUUCCCACAUGCUCUCAGUGUCACCUUUGUUUUGAUCAGUGGGAUAAUGAAAUUACUACCCUAUCUCAAACUGUUCAGGGGUUAAUGAGCUUUGCUGCAAAUCUAGAAGAUAAAAGAGGCACAAGGCCUGGCUGUGAUAUGCCCUUCAAAGGCUUAGAAGAUAAGAUUUCUGAAAUAGAUAGAAUUUUUAAAACGCCUGUUCUUUCACUAGAGACAUUCUUAAAGAUCAAGGAUUUUCACGGCUACAUUCGACAAAAAGUUGCACAAAUGGACCUACAUCUCAAUAAAAUGGAUGAAUUUCCCAACCUGAAUGGAAUCAUAGACGACAUUAAGAAAGAAGCUGACCAGCUGUACGAAAACCUGAAACAGAAAAUACAUCUAUAUCACAAUUUGAAUAAUUUGAGCCACAAAGAUUCCUUCAGCAACAUUAGGAAGUAUUACCAAAUGUCAUUAUCUGCUGAACAGAAAAUCAGUGGAGCAGUCCCCAUCAUAAGAUACUCAGAAAACACCAGGAAUGGCAUAUUUGCCAUGUUAGGCAAUCGAACCGCAAAAGAAAACUAUACCUUGGAGCAGCUCAGGAUGUUCAAGACUCCAGAUAUCCAAAAACUGAAUAAAAAGAGUUGUGGGCUACCAGGAAACCUGUCGUGUAUGACACGUUGUGGGGGAACUUUAUGUCGAAAUAGCAAUGGAAAUGAACAAUGUGGUGGCCCAAACUGUAAUGGAACUCUUCCUCUUUCUACAAACACAGUCAAGAAAGCUGAAGAGACAGACAUGUUGUUAAAUAAUUUGACUAGACAACUACAAGAGUCUGAAAAUCAGAUUGAAAGCAUCAGAAAAAUGGCAGAAGAUACCAAGACGAAAGGCUCACAGUUACAUGGGAAACUAGAAACUAAGAAUCAAACUGAAAUUGAUAGUGAGAAUGCAAAGGAGUUCAUCAGAAAAGUGAAAGACUUUUUGUUAGAUGAAAGUGCACCUCCAGAAGAUAUAGAGAAGGUUGCAAAGCAUGUUCUAGACGUAAACCUUCCAAGGACUCCACAAAAGCUAACAAAUAUGCUUGAUAAAAUCAGGAACCUUGUGACACACUGUGAGGACUAUGAAAUAAAUGUGAACAAGUUAAAUAACCAAAGGAAAGAUGCACAACUUCUGGUGGAAGCAAAACAAGCUGAGGAAGCAGCAAAAGCUCUGCCACCUCUUGACGAACUGAUAAAUAACCUGAAGGAAGCUGAAAGCACGAAAGGACAAACCAAAGACACCUUCGUAAGGUUAAAUGGAGAGAUACAAGAAAUUAAGACAAAAAUCUCACAGACUGAGAAUCAAGUGAAUAAGACAAGUGAUGAACUAAAGGACUUUUCAGAAAAACAGUCUGAGCUGGAAGUUGAAAUUGCUAUGCUGCAGAGGAAAAUGCUGAUGAAUGGGAACCAGGCUGCAAAUGCAAAAGCAGAUGCAGAACAGGCACAAAAGCAAGCUAUGGACACAGAUAAAGAAUUUGCAAACCUUAAGAGAAAAUACACCAUUCUGCAAGAAAAAGUAAAAAUAAAAGGGCUUCCAAGAGAAACAUUAGAGAAACUGAAGCAGCUGAAAGAAGCAGCAGAGAAACUGGCUGAAGAGACUGAAGAAAAAAUCAAAAGAAUAAAAGAUUUGGCAAAGAAGCUCUAAGAUCUGAAUCAGACUAAACAAGAUAAGACUGAUCAACUAAAGCAACUAGAAGAUCAAGUAAUAGCCAUAAAAAAUGACAUUACUGAGUAAGAAAACAAAUACGCUACAUGCAAAAGUUAG